AUGGACGGUCGACCGUCCGCAUCGUGCGAGGCAACGUCGUUCUUGACGCCGACGCCUAAGGAGCUCACGCGAGCCUACAUCCUCACCAGCAACAAGGGCAAGUUUGCCUGCUCCGACGACGUUGCAAUGCUUCGCCAUGUCCUGCGCUGGUGUCCGUGGGAAGCUGCGCAUGGCAGCGUCAUGGCGACGUGGGACCGCGUGGCCGAGGACGUUGCCCAGUCGCCCGACUUUAAGCUCAAAGGCAAGACGGGCGCUGCGCUCAAGUCGCGCUUCGAGACGCUUCUCGUCAAGUUUUGCGCCAACGACAUGCAGCGACUGCGCAAGCUAGGCACGCCCGCCGAGUUCGCCGAGCGCGAGGUCCUUUUGACCGACAUCCGCCUCCAAAUGCAGGGACCUUCCGAUGCCGACGAGACUCGGCCAGAAGAUGAAGACGAGGACGAAGACGAGAACGCGGGUUUGAUUGAGCUGGCCACGGCGUCCGGUGGCACAGUGCGCGCCAUCGAGGUCUCGUCACUCUACGACGAUGAGCCAUCGACGUACAACGACCCAGCACACUCGAGCCAUGGCUCCCUGAAGCGCAAGGCGGCGACGCUCGAUGCCGAGGAAAAUUUUCUCAAUGCGUCGCUUGUACGCACGCUGUGCGAAAACCGCACCCGGGACGCGGCUUGCGCAGAGGCGACGCUCGCUUUGGCGCGGGAUCGUCUGGCAUUCGAUCGCGACCAAGCACGACAGCGGCUCGAGAUCGACCGGGAGCGGAUGGCUUAUGAACGUGAGCGUCUCGAGGUCGAUCGCAAGCUGGCGAGCGUGUUAACUGAGCAGGUGGCUCAGAACCAGCGCCUGCUUUUGGCCAUUGUGAACAAGCUCAGUGCCACGUAG